AUGGCAGUUCUUGGCCGUGAUAUCACGUUGCUCGUCUCAGAGCACGUCGACAUGGACUCCCUGGCUCGUCUCAUGCUCAGCUCCAGGGCCAACUACCGGCUCAUCAGGGGCUACGAACGAUCCAUCGUGAAGGCCAAGAUCGCAAGGCUGGUCCGCGAUCCCGUGCUCGAACCCCCUCUCGGAGCGGUUCUGUCCUCGUCUACUCCCGACCGGCUUGGUCUGGCCCGCGAGGUCCUAAGCCCCAUGAGCUUCGCCGUCGCCCGGGAGCUGGAAGCACGAGAGCGCCGCAUCGCCCGUCUCCUGGGUUCCCCGGGGUCUCCACCCUCGGGCGGCCGUCCCUCGCAAAUCACCGACGCCAUCGGCCGGCUUGUCCUCUUCCGCGACCUCCCGCCGCGCCAGAUGGAACGCCUGCUCGACGGCCUCCGGGACGCUUGCAGGGUGGCCGACCGCAUCGCCGACUGCGCGGCUCCCAUCCGCCUUGCAGAGGAAGAUGGAGGAGAUGAGGAGGAGGAGGAGGAGGAGGACGAACCCUGGACCAGCGAUCUCCGACGAGACGCACGCCAGGCCGCCCUCGAGGAGCGGAUCCACCUCGCUCGUCAGAGGUACAUCCGCUCGCUGGGUCCCGUCCGCCUCGCCUUCCUGGCGCUCCUGACGAGCCUGGCGGGGAUGCUGUACGCUCGACGGCCACCGGACCCCCUUCAUCCUCCUUCUGCCCCUCGUGCUCCUCCAGCUCCCGACAACAACAACAACGACGACGACCCAGACCCAUUUCGGUGGGAGCGCGUCAUCGCGUUCAAGGAGGCUUUUCUCCGGCACGGCACCGUCAUCCUCUGCGCUCUGCUGUGUCCUCCCGAGAAGCCCUACCACACGAACAUGAAAACAGACGCCGAUUGUUCUCCCCCCUCCACCUCUUCCUCCUCAUUUUCUUCUUCUUCUCGCUCGACCCACCAUGAACACCCCCGGAGCCAACCGACGCGGUACUAUGAAGCGCAGGUGGCCGCGGUGCUCACAGAGCUGCUGGAGUACGAGGCGGGGGGGCACUGGCAGGCCUGGCGACCCGCCGACCAGGACGGCGGCGCCGCCAGGCCGAUCCCGGACAGCCUGCACAUGACCAUGAUGCAGGCGUUUCGGAGCACGGAGGAGAAGGGGGAGGAGGAGGAGGAGGAGGAGGAGGGGAAGGGGGAGGGGAAGGGGGAGGGAAAAGAAGAGGGACAAGAGGAUACCGAUGGCGACAGGCGUCUCGGCGCCGGCGUCGUUGCCAAUCCCAGCACGGAGGAGGACGCGGUUGUAAGUGAUGCAUCCUCCUCACCAACGACAGCACCGCCGCUGUCACCCCCGCCGCAGAUUCCGACGUUGAUCCAGCCGGACUCCAGAGAAGCGCUGAUACUCAGGUGGGUCAGGCAGCGGUAG